UUUGAUUUUAGUGAAAGUUCAUUUUCCCGGCAGAAUUUGGUUUUCUGCUUGGGGCCGAUUUUUCUUUAUAUUAAUUAGUGACUCGUUUUUAUGUACUUUUUAAAGUUAUAUAAGCUUAACAUGAUUCUGUAUGUGUAUCAUGAAUGAUGAGUUCCUAUCAACUCUAUACAGGAGCUCGAAUGCCUAAAAUCUCCCGUCUCUUUUUUCAGUUUCGUGAUCAUAAUGGCAUCUGAUAAGUUGGCAUGAUACACUAAUCUGUCUCAAUUGGCUUUCUGCAAGAAAAAUAAAUAUGAUGUCUUUUAAGCUUAAUUUCUGCUUCUGUUCUUGCAGGGUGCCAUCAAGGACACAUUAUAUUGAAUACCUAUACUCCUAAUGUGGCAUUCAAGUCUAGUAAACUUUGUUUAUAUACCUUCAUAAAGUAGGAAAUUUCAUUGUAUUGGGAUAUCAAUUUGUCUUGUAAUAUUUCUCAUCAAACAUGAGACGAAUGACACCACUCUUUCUUUUUCUUCUGACCCUUGUUUUUUCCUUUGUAACAUAUAAUCUGAUUACCAUGAUUAUACGGUAUACAACCAUUGGCUUUGGGAAAUCAAAGGCAGGUGGUUUGGUGUCCCUGAACACUCAACUAUUUCCUGAUCCCAUUAUUCAGAUGUCUGACAAUCUGAGAAAACCUAAAUCUAAAAAGUUGUUAUUCCAUAUUGCACUAACCGCAACUGAUACUCCUUAUAGCAAGUGGCAAUGCCGCAUCAUGUACUACUGGUAUAUGAAAAAGAAGGAUUUACCAGGUUCAGACAUGGGAAAAUUCACUCGAAUCCUCCAUUCAGGAAGCCCCGACAAUCUAAUGGAUGAAAUUCCGACAUUUGUGGUUGAUCCUCUUCCAGAAGGUUUGGAUCUGGGUUACGUUGUCCUCAAUAGACCUUGGGCAUUCGUCCAGUGGUUGGAGAAGGCUACCAUAGAAGAGGAAUACAUACUUAUGGCAGAGCCUGAUCACAUUUUUGUGAACCCGCUGCCGAAUUUAGCUUAUGGAGAUUACCCUGUUGCUUUCCCUUUUUUCUACAUUAAACCUGCCGAACACGAGGAGAUCAUAAGGAAAUUCUUUCCCAAAGAAAAGGGUCCUGUAACAAAUGUUGAUCCCAUUGGCAAUUCCCCCGUUAUCAUUAAGAAGGAUUUGUUGGAGCAAGUAGCAACUACAUGGAUGAAUGUUUCUCUAAGAAUGAAACAUGACGAAGAAACGGAUAAAACUUUUGGCUGGGUCUUAGAAAUGUAUGCUUAUGCUGUAGCUUCUGCUUUGCAUGGUGUGCAGCAUAUUCUUCGGAAAGACUUUAUGCUACAGCCACCCUGGGAUUUGGAAACUAGAAAGAAGUUCAUCAUCCAUUACACUUAUGGGUGUGACUACAACAUGAAGGGUGAGCUAACUUAUGGAAAAAUUGGAGAGUGGCGAUUUAAUAAGAGGUCCUAUAUCCAAGGACCUCCCCCUAAAAAUCUAUCCCUGCCUCCACCAAACGUCCCUGAAAGUGUGGUAACUCUCGUGAAGAUGGUAAACGAAGCUACUGCCAACAUUCCAAAUUGGUGAGGAGACAAGGAUAGUACACUAUUUGAAGCCCAACUUACCACAAAUCAAAUGAAUCUUCUGUUUUUACUGAGAAGAAUGUUAUACACAGAAGGUUCAUAAUAUGGAAAUAUUCAUCUAGUAAACAUCUUUUGAUAAAUGAAAUACAGGCGGCUAAAUUUUUCUC